AUGAGUGAAGGAUGCUGGGGAGAGGAUGAAGGGAAGGAGGAUGACGAGGAGGAGGAGGAUGCGGGGAUGCGGAGGGCGGGCUGUGCGCGGGCUNAGCGCUUCGUGGACAAGAACGGCCGCUGCAACGUCCAGCACGGCAACCUGGGCGGCGAGACCAGCCGCUACCUGUCCGACCUCUUCACCACGCUGGUGGACCUCAAGUGGCGCUGGAACCUGUUCAUCUUCAUCCUCACCUACACCGUGGCCUGGCUCUUCAUGGCCUCCAUGUGGUGGGUGAUCGCCUACAUGCGCGGGGACCUCAACAAGGCGCACGACGACAGCUACACCCCGUGCGUGGCCAACGUCUAUAACUUCCCCUCCGCCUUCCUCUUCUUCAUCGAGACCGAGGCCACCAUCGGCUACGGCUACCGCUACAUCACCGACAAGUGCCCCGAGGGCAUCAUCCUCUUCCUCUUCCAGUCCAUCCUGGGCUCCAUCGUGGACGCCUUCCUGAUCGGCUGCAUGUUCAUCAAGAUGUCGCAGCCCAAGAAGAGGGCCGAGACGCUGAUGUUCAGCGAGCACGCCGCCAUCUCCAUGCGCGACGGCAAGCUCACGCUCAUGUUCCGCGUGGGCAACCUCCGCAACAGCCACAUGGUCUCGGCGCAGAUCCGCUGCAAGCUGCUCAAGUCCCGCCAGACUCCGGAGGGGGAAUUCCUGCCCCUGGAUCAGCUGGAGCUGGACGUGGGAUUCAGCACGGGCGCUGACCAGCUGUUCCUGGUGUCGCCGCUGACCAUCUGCCACGUCAUCGACUCCAAGAGCCCCUUCUACGACCUGUCCCAGCGCAGCAUGCACACCGAGCAGUUCGAGAUCGUCGUCAUCCUCGAGGGAAUCGUCGAGACCACGGGGAUGACGUGCCAAGCCAGGACAUCCUACACGGAGGACGAGGUGCUCUGGGGCCAUCGCUUCUUCCCGGUGAUCUCCUUGGAGGAAGGCUUCUUCAAAGUGGAUUAUUCCCAGUUCCACGCCACCUUCGAGGUGCCCACCCCGCCCUACAGCGUGAAGGAGCAGGAGGAGAUGCUCCUCAUGUCCUCGCCCCUGAUCCCGCCCGCCGUCAGCAACAGCAAGGAGAGGAACAACUCGGUGGAGUGCCUGGAUGGGCUCGACGAGGUGGGCACAAAGCUGCCCUCAAAACUGCAGAAAAUCACCGGGAGGGACGACUUCCCGAAAAAACUGCUCAGGAUGAGCUCCACCACCUCGGAGAAGGCCUACAGCAUGGGCGAUCUGCCCAUGAAACUCCAGCGCAUCAGCUCGGUGCCCGGCAACUCCGAGGAGAAACUGGGCUCUAAGACCACGAAGAUGAUGUCGGAUCCCAUGAGCCAGUCGGUGGCCGAGCUGCCCCCCAAGCUGCAGAAGCUCUCGGGGGGCGGGGGGAGGAUGGAGGGGAACCUCCCGCCCAAACUGCGCAAAAUGAAUUCCGACCGCUUCACAUAACGCGCCGGGCCCGGGGGAUCCCACGCGGCCGGGACCGCGGGGCCAGCAGGGGCUGCCGGGGGCUCGGGGCCGCCGAGGAGCCGGGAGGGACUCGAGGGAGCCGGGAGGGACUCGAGGGAGUCGGGAUGGACUCGGUGCUCCGGGAGACGGGAGCAUCCCACGGGAUUCUGAGCCAGGGCCGUGUCCUCGGCGUGUACGAUCCCAGCGCAUGCAAUAAUAGUGUGCAACCUCUGCAUCUAGUCCGUGGCAUGACUCCUCCUGUAUUUAUACUCUGUAUCCCGAAAAACACGCAGAGGGGCCUUCCUUCCCCUGUAUUCCCCAGGGAAUGGGGCUGACACGGAGCGGGGAACUCGCAGGGUAAGUUGAACUUGAGUUGAAAGCGUUUGGGGUUUUUGUUUUUCCUGCUGUGGGUCGUGAUUUGCUCACCCGAGUUGUUUGCUGCAUGUGGUUUGUUUUUUUUUUCCCUCUAAGGAGGUGUUUUGGUUCACCCCUCACACUGAAGCUGCUCGCCUUAAAUCCACUGCUGGGUUCUAGUUUGCUUUCAGGGAUUUCUUUUUUUUUGGGGGGAGGGUUUUGUUCCCUGUGUCGAAGCCACCGGGAAAAACACUGGGGGUAAAAAAAUAAAUAAAUCUGUAUUUCAUUAGGCUUUGUUUAGAGAAGAAACUUGUGUUCUUAAGCCUGGGCAAAGUGAUAAAUAAAUGACUCAAGUUCACACUUUA